GGAGCGGAGCGCGGCGCGGUUCAUCCCGCAGCGGGAUCGCUGCCACCGGGGCUCGGGGCUCGUCCUGCCUUCCAGCCGGUGGGCAGCAACAAAGCCUGGGGCGGGGGCGACGACACUCGCCCAGGGGAACGGGGCCCGGAUGCCGCCCCGCGGGAGGAGAGGUGCCCGCGGGAGGGGACUCGCUGCUCCUCGCCGGCCUCCGUGCCUCGGCAGCUCAGCGGCCCCGUCCCGGGUGAUGGAGAACUACCACGUCCUGGAAGUGAUCGGUGAAGGGUCCUUCGGGCGCGUGUACAAGGGGCGCCGGAGGCACAGCGCCCAGGUGGUGGCCUUGAAGUUCAUCCCCAAGGUGGGGCGGUCUGAGAAGGAGCUGAAGAACCUGCAGCGGGAAAUUGAGAUUGUGAGAGACCUUCAUCACCCCAACAUCAUCCAGAUGCUUGACAGCUUUGAGACUGCCAAGGAGGUGGUGGUAGUGACUGACUACGCAGAGGGAGAGCUCUUCCAGAUCUUGGAGGAUGAUGGGAGCUUGCCUGAGAGCCAGGUCCAGGCCAUAGCUGCCCAACUCAUCUCUGCUCUCUAUUACCUGCACUCCCACCGCAUCCUGCACCGAGACAUGAAACCCCAGAACAUCCUGCUGGGCAAAGAUGGUGUUGUCAAGCUCUGUGACUUUGGGUUUGCCCGUGCCAUGAGCAUCCACACCAUGGUGCUGACGUCCAUCAAGGGCACCCCACUGUACAUGUCCCCUGAGCUAGUGGAAGAGCGGCCGUAUGACCACACAGCAGACCUGUGGUCUGUGGGCUGCAUCCUGUACGAGCUGUUUGUGGGCACUCCUCCCUUCUACACCAACAGCAUCUUCCACCUUGUCAGCCUCAUUAUCAAGGACCCUGUCAAAUGGCCCGUAACCAUGAGCCCAGUGUUCAAGGACUUCCUUCAGGGAUUACUGAUGAAGGACCCCCAGGAGCGCCUGUCCUGGCCAGAGCUGCUUUCUCACCCCUUCAUUGCUGGACGGGUUACUGUGAUUGAUGACACAGAAGAGCAUGGGAUUUCAAACCCCUUCACCAUCAAGCUGUCUCCAGAGCUGCAGGCCCUGAAGGAGCAGCAAGUCCAUUCCGUGGCCCCCAGGAGCAGCUCAUCCAGGAUCUUGAGAAAGGCACAGCAGAAGAUGGUUGAAGAGACACAGAAAAAGGGGCAACUGAAGGCAGGUGAUCCAUCUGUGAAGGAUUCUGUCAAUGGACAUCCCACACUUAGACCUAGAACAGCAUCAGGGAAGGCAGCUCCUGAGGAGAGGGAGCCAUUGGCUGCCUCCAAUGAGAAGAAUCCGUAUCUCCAGCAAGGAAAGAGCAGCACAGCAGAGUGGGAGUUUGAGGAGUCUCCUCCCAUCCCAGGGCAGCACAGCCUCUCUCAAGACUAUGAGUGGGAGUUUCUUGGAGCAGGUUCUCCUCCACAGCCUGGUGCUGGCAGGACAGAGCCCUGCAGCAGGCACAGCAUUGUGGACCUGGAGACUGAGGAGCUGGAGAGUGAUGAGGAGUGGCAGCAGCUGAUUGAGGACACUGAGGCCUCAGGCAUGCAGCUGAGCAUGCCUCUGGGCCUGCUGAGGGACCCAGCUUUCCAGCACCGUGUCCGGGACCGCCUGGCAGACUCUGCUCAGCAGGUGCUGGAAGGGAUGCUGGAGGGAGCCUCCCAUCUUCGUUCUGUGCUUCGUGUUAUUGGCAACCUCCUGUCUACCCAGUGUGAUGCUGAGCUGCUGGACCACUUCUGCCAAGAGCUGAAUGUGCCUCUGUCCCUGCUGUGUCUAGCCAAGCAGAUCCUGGAAAGUGCUGUCACCAAGCAGCAGCCCUGGUGUAUCGCUGUGCUGACAGACCUCCUCAUGGUGACCAAAGUUUAUUUCAGCAGUGAAUGUAGCCUGGAGGAGAGUGGGCAAAAGGACAGCCUGCAGCAGAGUGCUGACUGCUUCCUGGCCCUGCUGCCGGAGCUGCUGGCUGUGCCAGUCGACAGUGAGAUGAGACUCUGCCAGCAAAGCCUCCUGUGCUUCACCCAGCUCUGUGAGAGCCUAGACACAACAGACCCUUCUAUCUCUGCACACUUCUACACCAGGCUGCAAGAGGACCAUCAGCCCCUGCUGAACAGACUCCUUCAAGGAUCCAUCUCAGAGCAGCCUGCUCUUCGAGGUGCAGCAGUGGAAGGCAAGUCAGCCCAUGACCAGAACCCAUGUGUGGCAGACCUCUUCCUGGCUGCAUUGGCUGCUGCAUGCAGCAUCACCCUGGAGAAAAACAGCUGUUGGGAGGCCAAGCAGCAGGUUGCUCACGCAGUAGCUGAAAAGCUUAUGGAAGGAGAGAGUCAGCAGCUUGCAAGACUGCUGGGGAGACUGGAGGACCCAGGCUGCUCCUUGAAUGUCCUGAAGAUCCUCUAUGCUGGCUGCCAUGCCUACCCGAACCUGUGCCAGCACCUGGGAAGGAGCCAGCCACUGUGGGGUUCCCUCAUGCAGCUCUUGAAGGGUGAGGUCCCUGUGGUAGAGGUGACCCAGGAGGCAGCCUGUGAAGCCUCUCUGUACCUGCUGGCCCUGCUCACCCUGCAGCUUCAGGCAUCCCCUCCCAGGUGUGAGGAGAUGGUUGCCCUGGCUGUGGAUCUCAUCACCCAGUCUCCUGUUGUGUCCCUUGUGGGUGCUGCAGCAUUUCUCCUGGCACAGCUCAGUCAGCAUGGGGUGGCUUUGGAGCUCAAGAGAGAAAAGAUCCUACCAGUGGUAGCAAAUGCACUGACUGCACCUGCUGAGCUGCAGCUCCCCCUGCCAAUGGGUGCUGGUCUCUAUGAUGGGUUGUUUUUCCUCCUGCUGAAACUCCUUGAACAGGAGGAUGUGGUCUUGGAGCAGGGCUUUGCUUCCUCUGAGCUGUGGAGCCUGGUCUGGCAUUGUGUUGCUGUGGUGCUUCAUGUGGGGACCACCAGUGCAGUGCUGGAGGGAGAUCCACCCCCAGGUGCUGGUCACCCCACGGCAGAGCCAGACUGGAACCUCCUCUCCCCUCAAG